UACAACCGGCCCCAGGACUGCAUGUGGUCUGUUCAUUACCAGUGGCGUCAGCCAGCCUAACAAUUCCCGCUAUGUCAAUUGAAUUCUAUUUAAUUUUAUUUUCAUCUUAAUUUUAAGUUCUUACAAUUAUUAUUUUUUUAAAAAUCAUUGAUUACAUCGUCAGGUUGGCUAUGCUCUUCUCUUCUCAACACUUAUUAGUACGUCGAAUGUUACUUCGAAAAUACCUGGAAACCUGUGGUGUUUGUAAACUGGAAAUUCUCUAAUCUCUGAGUCAGAGGUCAAAACAGGGAGGUGGGUCUAUUACCCCCUAUCCCUGGCAAUAGAAAUGUGUCAAGGAAUCCUGAAAAUCGCACCAAAUAUUGUUGAAAACAAAAUUUGCUUGCGGUGUCUAGUUUUGAUAGCAGAAACAUCAGUGUUCAAAUUAUAGGCAAUGAUUGGAAGUAGCAUCCAUGUAGUAAAAUAAAGCAUGAAUUUGGUCAAUUUCAGUCGAGAUUCGAUAUUCAAUACAUUAGCUGUCAAGGACUUUUUAUUUUAUAUCUCCAAAUCCCAGUGCCGUGCGCCAAAAUUCAUUUAUUAAAUCACGAUAUUCAAAAUGGCCUUCACACGAAGCUUAUACUUUUAAUAUUGGUUUAUGUUUUUUAUGAUAAAAAAUAUUAAAAAAUGAUUUACACUGGCUCGAAAACGCAACUCAGAACCACAGUUGGUCAGAACUCAGCUGUUAAAAUGUUUUGGGCCUUUUUGGCAGUGUGGUACUGGGUCGAGCGCUGGUCUGGUGAAAAUAUGCAUUAGCUUGCAUUAGUUUUCAAUUAUUUGAAAAACUGACAUUAUUUUAGGAUGAUUUUUAAACAAGAUUCGUAUAUAAACAUCUCGUGACCCUAUUAGGGUUAAAUAAAUCUAAAAAUGAUCUCGGCUUUGAAGAAAUUAGGUCGUAAGAAUGAAGACGCGAAAGCUCGCCCAAGUAUGCCCACUGGAAUUUCUUCAAUGGGACAGUCAUUGCAAAGAAAAUUUGGUCGUGGGGUUCAGUAUAAUAUGAAAAUUGUAAUUAAAGGUGAUAGAAAUACUGGAAAAAGUACAUUACUAGGGAGAUUUCAAGGCAAAGCAUUUAGAGAAGAGUACAUGCCUACCAAUGAAAUACAGGUUUGUAGCAUAAAUUGGAGUUAUAGAGUUGCUGAUGAUGUUGUGAAGGUUGAAGUCUGGGAUGUUGUUGACAAAGGCAAGAAGAAGAAAUCAGAUGGAGAUGGUCUAAAACUUGCUAAUGAUGCUUCAGCAAGUGAUGAUCAUUCCCCCGGUGUUCUUGAUGCAGAGUUUCUUGAUGUUUACAAAGGCACUCAUGGUUGUGUCAUGAUUUUGGAUAUCACUAAACAAUGGACAUUCAAGUAUAUUGAAAGAGAGUUACCCAAGGUUCCAUUACAUAUUCCUGUUCUUAUUUUGUCAAACUUUCUUGAUAUGCAAGAACACAGAGUAGUUCAACGAGAAGAGAUACUUUCAUUUAUCAAGUAUUAUGAUCGAGGCAGCGACGCAGCUAUUUUACAACAUGGAGAGUGUAGUAUGAAGAAUGGUUUUGGACUCAAAUUUAUUCACAAAUUUUUCAAUAUUCCUUUUCUAAAACUUCAGCGAGAAACACUGGAGAAGCAGUUAGAAACAAACAAAGAAGAUAUGCAGGCGACUCUGGAAGAGCUGGCAUUCCGUCGGGAUACAGAAGAACAAGAUUAUGACAAGUUUCUGGCGUACAUGGAGAAGAAAGCAAAUGACAAAAAACAACCAAAACAAGAUAUUAAUGUGAAAUCAUCUCCGUCAACACCACCAAAAUCAUCCAUUUCUCCGGUACAAAAUCCCCCAGUGACGACAAACAAAGCAUCCGUCAAGAAGCCAGCUGAACAACCUAAAAGUAUCGAUGAUUUUGUGCCAGAUGAGACGAUAGACUCUGGUUUCUUGGACGAGACUGAUAAAGGAAGCAAGAAUAAAAAUGUUGUCAGUUCUGAAAGUGAUUCUAGCGGUGACAGUGAUAAUGAGAAAAAUGCCAACCCAAUGGUAGCAGGUUUUCAAGACAUCAGCUCAGAAGACGAGGAUAACACUCCAGAUACUCAACAAAAAGUACUCGAGACAGCAGAAAAACCAAACACAAGUUUUGAUGUUGAUAUUGAAUUAACAUCUGAUGAGUCAGAAGAAGAAGAAACUGGCGUAGCUCCCGUCAGCGAUGAUGAAAGUAAAAAUAGAGAAGAAAUAACUGAACCAGCCAAACCUUUGGUAUCAGAAACCAAAUAUGAGGUGAUGUUAAAUGAUGAAGACAACAACUUUAUGGAUGCCUGGUUGGAUUCACCAAGUACAGAUCCAAGGGAAAUCAGCGCCCCAUCAAGGAAAAAAGGAGAACAAAGUAAAAAUGAAUUAGAUAUUUUUGAAGCGAUGCAACUAACGUCGCCUGCAAACACAUCAGUUGCAGACGAUGACAACAGUUCAAGUAAUGUCGAGGAAGAAAAGAAAAAGAAGCGCUCGGAGAAGAAAGAAUCCAAAGAAGUAGAAGAUAGAAAACAUCGGUCAAAACAUAAACACAAAAAGAAAUCAAAGACAAAAGAAUCGAACGGUGAGAUGGAACAGUCCGAUGAGAAAAAACAUAAAUCUAAAAAGAAGAGUAGACACAAAGAUACGAAAGAUCGCCAAAAAGUUGCGGGAACUGGGGCGGAAUAUGAAUCAUUUUAGAAAAUUCUAGUUUAAUUGAGGCAGCAAAUGGUGGUCAACUUCUAAAAUAUAUGGAAAUUCUAUUUAUUGCUCACAGUGAAGCACACUUUUGUCACAAAAUUCCGCAGUGGAACGUGCGAUCAGUUUUGUUAAAAUCAUUCAGGAAAGCGGUCGAAGGUUGAUAACUCUGCCGUUCUGCACUCAGUAUUAACUACAGGUUGAAAAUCAUUUGCUGCUUGAAAUGAAGUGGUUCUGUAACCACACCGAGGAAUAAUUCACAAUAACACAGAAUGGGCCACAGUGGUUUAUUAAUUUUGCUGAAAGGCUUCGCAAGAUCACACACCAUGGACCGGUUCAUAAGAGUCCAUUCAGCUUCGACAGUGAUAACAUUCAAAUAUAUGUUUGUUAUUUGUUAGCUGCAAACGUAAUUCGUAACAAGUUAGCAGCCAGGUAACAACAAGUCAAUUGUAAAAUUGUAUCACAGGGUCAGGGCAAUUCUUUCGCCUCGCAAGGUUCAGCAUUAAUGCUUUUAUCUCUCUAACAAUAAA